AGCCAGUGGCAAGCUUUAAUAAGUACUUGGCAUUUGGCCGUGGUCUGCCCCUGUCCUCGGCGCGGCGUUGGGCGCUAGGUGGCACCUGGUUCCCCUCAUCCAACUCUUUUAUUUUAUUCGGCAGCAACUGGUUGAUGUCAAUGGCUGCAUCUUGGUGAGAGCCCGGGAAGGCAGAAGAUGGCGCAAAGAGAGGGGGAGGAGGAGCAGGGAGCCUCUGGGCUGAGGAGAAGGAGAAGCGGCGCACCGUCUGUAGAGGCCCGAGAAAGAGACGAGCAGGUCCGACACGUGCGGGAGAUAUUACAGCAGAGCCUGAGCAGCUACGAGCCGGUGCUUAGUUACGUACAGGCCGUACUCGUGUGGGAGAAACCCCGGCACAGUGCGCUGCUCCACUUGGGCCUCAAUGCAGCUUUCUGGUUUUUUGCCCUGACUUCACUCAGAAUCAUAUUUUUGGUUGCAUUUGGGCUAAUGAUAAUCAUUUGUGCAGAUCAGUGGAAGAACAAAUUAUGGCCUGAACUGGGAGCUGCAAGAACCAAUGAACUGGAUAAUGACAGUUGGGGCUUUGUGCAUCCAAGGCUGCUAAGUGUUCCAGAGCUAUGCUAUCAUGCAGCUGAUACAUGGGUCAGUGUGAACAACUUUUUGAGGAACCUUCUGCUCUUUAAAACUGAAAACCCAGGCAAGUUCUGCCUUUUGGUCUGCAGUUUCCUGACUUUCCUAGCUGUUCUUGGUGGAUACAUUCCUGGUGUUGUUCUGUCAUAUUUGCUUUUACUUUUUGUUCUGCUUUGGCCUCUUGCCAUGUAUCACCAGCUAGGGCGGCGUAUAUAUCAGAAGCUGGAACCAGCCCUGCAGAGGUUGGACUUCAGUGUGCGUGGUUAUAUGAUGUCCAAGUAUAAGGAAAGGCAAAAUCACAAUCGUUCCCUUCCUCCAACUGAUGGCAGUGAUAGUGAAGAAGAACUUGCUGCAUUUUGCCCUUCGCUUGAUGAUUCAGCAGUAGCUAAAGAACUGACCAUUUCCGACUCUGAGCAUUCAGAUGCAGAAGUUUCCUUCACUGAAAAUGGAACAUUUAACUUAUCAAGGGGCCAGACACCUCUUACAGAAGGUUCUGAAGAUUUGGACCGCCACAGUGAUCCAGAAGAGUCAUUUGCUCGCGAUCUCCCUGACUUUCCAUCGAUAAACCCAGACGCAACUGGAAUAGAAGAUGAUGAUGAAACUAGCAUUGGUUUACCAAGCACAGCUCUUCACCCACACCUCUCCUCUCGCCAACUGUAUGAUGAGCAAGAGUCGCUGGAUGCAGAGCUGUCAUUGGGUGGCUUCCCCAGCACACAGAACAUAACCGAAAACAUUGCUGGCUUUGUAACCAGGGGCAUGAUACAGCUGGCACUGGCAGGGGCUAGCCAGCAAACCCACAAUCCAAGAGCCAAACAGUAUCAGAGAAACUCCAGUUCUGAGCUGGAUACUGAUGCAGAAGCCGAUGACUUUGAAUUACUUGACCAGUCUGAGUUGAGCCAGAUGGACCCAUCAAGUUCACAAGCACAUCAGUAACACAAACCGUUAUGAUGGAAUAUGGACUGGAAGUUCUUCCUAACCAAACAGAAAUCAGCUUUUUAUUAUUAAUAUUGGUGGUUUUGGAGGUUUAGGUUUUUUGCCCUUCAGAAAUCAUAUUUAUGCCUCCACAUUGGGCCCUGGCAUGUGGAUUUCAUUUCCAAUUGCAGACUGAUCUACCGUCUGCUGUUUUAUCACUGUGAAGUCAGUACCAUUCGUGAAUCUAGAAUAAAUAAAUACACACUGUUUUAGGGAGCUAGCACAUGGGCAGAUUCGAGGAGAUUUAGUCGUCUGGCGACUAAUCGCCUCUUCUGGGCGACAAUUUCCCCGAACUGCCUUCCGCCUGCUAUAAUGAGAAAACGCCAGCGCCAAUGCACUUGCUGCGCUUCAAUUCCUAAAGGCACCCGAAGUUGCCUCACGAGGAAACUUCGGGCGACUUUGGAAAUCGAAUCGGUGCGAGUGCGUUGGUGUUUUCUCACUAUAGCAGGGGGAAGGCAGUUCGGGGAGAUUGUCGCCCCGCAGAAGAGGCGAUUAGUCUCCAGGCGACUAAAACUCCCCGAAUCUGCCCGUACAUUAAGUAGAUGCGUAAUUAUUCUUUGGAUUCAUAAACAGUGUUUUUUUUUUUUUUUUAUUGUAUUAAUUGUGUUUGGUAUUCAGCUGCUUUUACAGACAAAAUGUUCAGUGUUUGUUAUCCUAUUGGUAUAAUGGAGAGGAAUGGGAUAUCUGGUUCCUAUGGAUUUACUUUAGCACUUAAAAAAACCAGCAAUAUGAACAAAUGAGCUUUAUUCACUUAAAUCCACAUGCCAUUUGCUUCUAUUCUGGAAACAUUUUCUUUGAAGCGAUGUAUUAAUUUUCUGUUGGCUAAACAAAGUCUUUACAUGGUCUUGUAUAUUGAAAGGGGUGUAUUUUCUACCAGUAUAUUUCAGCCAGAGGAAAACUCCCCCCCCCCCCCCGCAGCCUUUUUUUAUGCACUUAAAUAGGAAACAACUGACUGCACUUAGGUUAGUUAGUUAGGUCUUUGAGUAAAAACGCUAGUACUGGUGCUGUCAUGCAUUUACAUUUAACUGAAAACAUGAAAUCCGUUUCUCAAAAGAGCAAACAGAUUUUUUAAUUUUGAAAUCUGACAUGGGGCUAAACAUAUUGUCCUUUCCCAUCUGCCCCCA